UCAAAUGUCAAUCUAAAACGACGGACUGACUUAUCAACGGAGCAUUCCUUCUCUUGCAGUUCUUAGUCCAACAUGGCCGUAGGAAAAAAUAAGGGUCUCUCCAAAGGAGGUAAAAAGGGAGUUAAAAAGAAGGUAGUUGACCCCUUCACACGCAAAGAAUGGUAUGAUGUUAAGGCCCCGUCUAUGUUCACCAGCCGGCAAGUGGGUAAAACCCUCGUCAACCGUACCCAAGGAACCAAAAUCGCUUCCGAAGGUUUAAAGGGUCGUGUCUUUGAAGUCAGUUUAGCAGAUUUGCAAAACGAUAAUGAUGCUGAACGGUCUUUCAGAAAAUUCAGACUCAUUGCCGAAGAUGUACAAGGUCGUUAUGUAUUAACAAACUUCCAUGGAAUGGAUUUGACCACCGACAAGCUGAGGUCGAUGGUGAAAAAAUGGCAGUCCCUCAUCGAAGCUUCAGCUGAUGUGAAAACCUCAGAUGGAUAUUUGUUGAGAGUUUUCUGCAUUGGAUUCACCCAAAAAGAUACACAGUUUUCGCAGAGGAAAACUUGCUACGCUCAGCAUACACAAAUCAGGCAAAUCCGCAAAAAGAUGGUUGAGAUAAUCACCCGUGACAUCCAAGGCUCGGACCUCAAGGAAGUUGUAAACAAAUUGUUGCCCGACAGUAUCGCCAAGGAUAUUGAAAAGGCCUGCCAGGGAAUUUACCCUCUUCACGAUGUCUUCAUCCGUAAAGUGAAGGUGCUCAAGAAGCCCCGAUAUGAGCUUUCGAAGCUAUUGGAACUUCACGGAGACGCCAAAGGCACUACAGAAGCAUCAGGGGAUGCUGGAGCGCAGGUGGCGAGACCUGAGGGUUAUGAACCUCCAGUUCAAGAGUCCGUCUAAUCAGCAGACUCGAAUAAAUAUUUACGAUCGUA